GACGCGAGUCCCGAUUGGUCGGAUGGUUCUUGUGGAAGUCGAUCGACUUCAAGUAAAGUGACGUGGAGAGUUACCGAGAUGGUUAACAAACAUCUGAAACUUUAUAAACAGUGAAAAUACUUGCUCGUUGCUUUAGGUUAAGGCACCCGAGCUUAUCUAGUCUCACUAAACUUUGACGAAACAUACCGCAAUUUACAAAGCAGGAGUACGGCUACCUGGCUAACAAAUUAGCCCGCUAUCUGGAGUAGCCGCUGUUGCGACGGAAGGAACGAGAACAUCUGCGAGUCGACAGCCAAGAAGAUGGGCUCUCUUCUCCGAGGAGAAGAGAUGUGUCUGGCCCAGUUAUUUCUGCAGUCUGGUUCCGCAUACGACUGCAUCAGUGAACUGGGCGAACUGGGACUGGUGGAAUUCAGAGACCUCAAUCCCAACGUGAAUGCAUUCCAGAGAAAACACGUUAGCGAGAUCAAAAAAUGUGAAGAGAUGGAGAGGAUCCUGGGAUACCUUUUGAGAGAAAUCAAGAAAGCAAAUAUUUCUGUGCCAGAAAGAGACAUGAAUCCUGUAGCACCUUCACCCAAAUCUAUCCUGACCAUAAUGGAACAAUUGCAGAGGCUUGAAGUUGAAUUGGGUGAAGUCACCAGAAACAAAGAAAAGCUACAGAAGAAUCUGCUGGAGCUGACAGAGUACACACACAUGCUUCGCAUCACCCGCAACUUUGUCCAAAGAUCGGCUGAGAGAGAGCCACUCCACGUUCAGUAUGAGGAGUUUCCCUUUCUAGAAAAAGACACAAGGAUGGACUACAGCAGCAUGCAGAGGCUUGGAGCCAAGCUGGGGUUCAUUUCUGGGCUGAUUCAACGGGCAAAGAUCGAGGCGUUUGAGCGAAUGCUUUGGAGAGUCUGCAAAGGUUACACCAUCCUUAGCUAUGCAGAGGUUGAGGAGUACCUAGAAGAUCCUGACACGGGUGAGCCUACCAAGAGCGUGGUGUUUCUCAUCUCUUACUGGGGAGACCAGAUUGGCCAGAAAGUGAAGAAGAUCUGUGACUGCUACCAUUGCCACUUGUACCCAUAUCCCAGCAGCAACAACGAGAGGAACGACGUUGUGGAAGGACUAAGAACUCGCAUUCAGGAUCUGUACACGGUGCUUCACCGGACAGAAGAGUAUCUGAGGCAGGUCCUGAUAAGAGCUUCAGAGUCGGUCUACACCUGGAUGGUCCAAGUCAAGAAAAUGAAGGCCAUCUAUUACAUUCUGAACCUGUGCAGUUUUGAUGUGACUAAUAAGUGCCUGAUCGCCGAAGUGUGGUGUCCCGUUAAUGACAUUCCGGAACUCCGCAGAGCCCUGGAAGACGGAUCGAGAAAAAGUGGAGCGACAGUUCCCUCUUUCGUCAAUCGCAUCCCCACCACGGACACUCCCCCCACUCUGAUAAGGACCAACAAAUUUACCUCUGGCUUCCAGAACAUUGUGGAUGCCUACGGGGUGUGCUCUUACAGGGAGAUAAACCCUGCUCCAUUUACACUCAUUACCUUUCCAUUCCUAUUCGCUGUGAUGUUCGGAGACCUCGGUCACGGAGUCCUUAUGACUCUGUUUGCGGCCCUCAUGGUUUUGCAUGAAAACAACCGCAAACUUAAAAACACCAGGAACGAGAUCUGGAACACGUUCUUUGAGGGCCGUUACAUCAUUCUGAUGAUGGGCCUGUUCUCCAUUUAUACUGGUCUGAUAUACAACGACUGUUUCUCAAAAUCUUUAAACAUUUUUGGUUCUGGGUGGAGUGUGAAGGCCAUGUUUGAUGCAAAUGUUUGGAAGGACAGCGAUGUCACAGCGAAUACUUAUCUCACUCUAGAUCCAAACACUUCACGAGUGUUUCACGGACCGUACCCUCUAGGGAUUGAUCCAAUUUGGAACUUGGCGUCCAACCGCCUUACGUUUCUGAACUCCUUUAAAAUGAAGAUGUCUGUGAUUUUGGGCAUCAUUCACAUGACCUUUGGGGUCAUCCUCAGCUCGUACAAUCACAUAUACUUCAGGAAGAAGUACAACCUCUACUUGGUGUUUCUGCCUCAACUCCUCUUCCUGAUGUGCCUGUUUGGCUACUUGGUGUUCAUGAUUGUCUACAAGUGGCUCGUCUUCUCUGUAACGGACUCCAGCUUCGCUCCCAGCAUUCUCAUUCACUUCAUAAACAUGUUCCUCAUGCAGAGGGACGCGAGGGGCGCGCCGCGGCCGCUCUACCCAGGGCAGACUGGCCUACAGAUAUUUCUGGUGGUCAUUGCUGUUCUUUCAGUGCCUGUUUUACUUCUGGGGAAGCCCGUCUACCUCAACUGGUUUAAAAAUGGAAGCCGCCGCCAUGUAGGAAUGUACAGGGGAUAUGAACGUGUGCGGCGAAACAGUGACGAAGACCUCAUCCUGCUGAGGAAUCAUGAUGAAGAGGAGGGCAGCAGUCACAGUGAUUUCUCCAGUAGCGGAGAGAACGUCUCAGAGGAGUUUAACUUUGCAGAUGAGCUCCUCCAUCAGGCCAUCCACACUAUAGAGUUCUGCCUGGGCUGCAUCUCAAACACAGCCUCCUACCUGAGGCUUUGGGCCUUGAGCCUGGCACACGCACAGCUGUCGGAGGUGUUGUGGGCCAUGGUGAUGAGAGUGGGACUACGAAUGGACACCCGUCUUGGGGUUUUAUUCCUGGUUCCGGUGUUUGGCGUGUUUGCCGUUCUGACCGUGUCCAUCCUCCUGAUUAUGGAGGGUCUUUCUGCCUUCCUUCAUGCACUGCGGCUGCAUUGGGUGGAGUUUCAAAAUAAAUUCUACGGUGGGACCGGAGUGAAGUUUUGCCCGUUUGCCUUCUCUCUGCUGCCAUCCAGCUUGGAGCACGACGGUUUACUGUGAAGAGACUAAUAACGCAGCUGGUAAAUGAAGGACACAAAAACCAGCAGGAUUCUGUGCUUACGAGGACUCUGGGAAUUUUAAUAUUUAUUUUAUUUUAACAAUUUAUGUGAAGAAGUAAGCGUUGGGAGUUAGAGAAGCCUCCACCCGAAGCACCGUCCCCUCCCACAGAUCCUGAGUGUUUUUCAUUGUGGAACAAAGAAUAUUUUUUUACUGGGAGCCUUCGGACAUUUUGAAACGUUGUGGGACGAUUAUAGUACUACUGGCAGAAGUUAAUGUAAACUUGUGAAUGCAGCAAAUGUAAAGUAUAAUUUUCAAUGACUAAUGCAAAAGUUGGGCUUUUGUGUUGCUAGAAGAACCUUUGGCCUUAUUUUUUAGUCGCUUGUGUUUCCUAACAAGUAAAUUCUACGUAACCUCUUUAUGAAUCUCUAUUUUUAAAUUGUUGUCUUUUUUUCCUUAACAUUCAUUUCAUCAUUUUCCUUUGUUUUGUUUGAAAUGAUGCUGUGAGUUUGACUUUAAGGAGCUUCUCUGUCAGGUUUAGCGUCCAAUCACUGGGCACCUUGCAGCAAGUGAUUCUCAACCUUUUUUGUGGACAACCGCACUGGUUGACAAACUUUACCAAUCAACUCUUCAAAAGGACUUGAAACAAAAUAAAACGAGUAGAUGAAGUUAAUAAUCCGGGUUGAAGACAUUGGCUCCACAGCCGGCACCGAUCUGAGUCAGACUUCUCGCUCCACCAGGUUUUUGUAGCAGGGCCUCACUGAGCUCACCUGAGUCAUCGCGUCACACGAGGCGGCAGAAAGUGGUGAAUCUGAUUCCUGUCCUCUGAGAGUUACGAGGGUGUAAUUAACAACUUUAGUAAAAGAUUUGUGAAAGAUAGGAUCAUGUUCUACCUCAACUCUGGUGGCAGUUUUACAGAAUCAUAUGAUGCUCUGGUUUCUAUGAUUGUACUAUCACAGAAAUAUUUUUAAAUUUUCUACUAAAUGAAUAGAAUGAUGCCAAUUGAAUGUGUUUUUAGUAUUCGUACACUCAGUGUUGCCUUAGCUCCUCCCACUUUACCUGUGCAGUAUCUGUAUUUGUGAACGAAAAAACAAUUUACCUGCUGAUUCAGCUUUGUUGGGCUGAAUCUGGUCAACACAAAUGGGUGGGUUAUAUUGCAUCUUAAAUUUGUUAGUUUGAAUUUUGGCUUUUGAAAGAGAAGGAAACGAUGUCAUCUCAUUUGUAAAGCCGGUUGUAGUUUUCUAUGGGCACCACGGUGGCUCAAAUAAAGAUACUGGUGCAUAAUUUA